AUGAGGCCUGUGCUCGUUCUGAUCGGUCUCGCCUUCAGCCUCGGCGCUGUGGCGGCCCACCCCGUCCCAUCUCCUGCUCCUGCGACGACGGAUUUGCAUGUCUCGAAGCGCGGACAAGAGUCGACCGUACAGCUCACCCAGCGCGAGGCCGAGAAUCAGAAAAAGAAGAAAAAGGAGAAGUGUCCUUACUGGCCGAAGAUUUGGGGUCUUGGUCCGGCAAACCUUUCCAACGACUGUUCCUAG